AUGGAUAUAAAGAACAUUUUCGAUGUCAAGGGCAAGGUUGUCCUGGUCACUGGAGGAUCGAGAGGCAUAGGAGAAAUGAUUGCAACGGGUUUCGUGUCUGCAGGUGCCAAGGUCUAUAUCACCAGUCGCUCGGCCGACGUUUGCUACAAGGUUGCCGAAGCUUUGACAGCACAAGGUCCUGGUCAGUGCGUGGCUAUCCCUGCCGAUCUCCAAAAGCUUGAGGAAGUCAAACGCUUAGUGGAUGAAUUGAGCAAGAAGGAGGAACGCUUGGAUGUUCUCGUCAACAAUGCUGGUGCCAAUUGGGCGGAAAGCUUGCAUGAUUACCCUGAUGCUGCCUUUGAAAAGGUCAUCAACUUGAAUUUGAAGCGUAUCUUUACCUUGUCACAAGCAUGCUUGCCAUUGUUGACUGCCAAAGCAUCUCCUUCAUCGCCUUCGCGUAUUAUCAACAUUGGAUCGAUCGAUGGUAUUCGGGUCCCUCCUCAAGAGACAUACGCUUACUCAACUUCCAAGGCUGGUCUUCAUCAUUUGACACGUCAUAUGGCAUCCAGACUUGGUGAAGAAGGUGUUCUUGUCAAUGCCAUCGCCCCUGGUGCAUUCCAAUCCAAAAUGAUGAAAGCAACACUCGAUGCCUUUGGUGAGAUUAUCAAGUCAAAGAUCCCCGUUGGUCGCAUUGGAUCGCCUGAAGAUAUUGCUGGCACUUGUAUUUAUCUUUCAUCGCGUGCUGGUCAAUACACAACCGGUGCUACUAUUACCGUGGAUGGUGGUGCAGCAGUAAACGCCAACCUGUAG